AUGUAUGGCGUCCAUUUGGUGCAAGGUGACGUCAGCCUUGAGGAGACAUUCUUUCAGGCCAAUGAAUGCCUAUCGGCACUAGUACAGGUAUCGGAUCAUAUCUUUGAUAGGGUUGAGAAGCGGAUGGAUUCGAUCGAGGCACAAUUAAUCGAUAUAAAUAAUCGAACGAGUGUGAUUGAAAAGAAGAUCGAGAUUUUGAAACAGACGCCAAAUAUAAUUACUCUCACUCCUCCGAUGUCGUAUCCUGCGGCCGAAUAUCGUCCGACGCGCGCGUUGUUCUAUCGAUCGCCGUCGCUGCCGAUAUUCUCGCCGAAAUUGCGCACCUACACCGACAGUCGAAUUUUUGAGGCGAGCUCGUCGACAAAUGCUGCCAACGUCGAUAUUAAGCGUGAGCUCGAGGAGCGCAAGAAAAUGUACACGGAGAGUUCGGUGUUCGACGAAUUGGAGAAGGAGCAAAAGCGGAGGAAGGUGAAAGAACCGCGGAAAUACGAGAAAGAGGUUGAGAAUGUGGCGGAGAUGUUCUUCUUCGGAACUUGCAUUCCCGCCUAUGAUGGAAUUCCGCAAUUUGAUGAUUCGAGAGGUCAUACGAGAAGCAUGACAUCUACAAAGAAAAGCCGUGAUGAUGAUAUGCACACUCUUGAAGCUUUAUUGGAGGAUACCGCGUUGUCCGCGUUGAACAAUGAUCGAUUUGGUGUUCGAGAGGAUAAUGAUCCAUUGGCGUUUCGUCCCGACGAAUUUCGAACCGAGGAGCUCGAUUUUCCCAAAGAUAUUCCCAAUCUUUUCGGACUAACGACCCAUAUUGAUUUGACCGAGCUCGGUUUGUCUGGAGAUAUGCUGCCGGAUUUGGUUGAGGAUGUGAAGCCGAUGGAAAAUUUUGUGAAGUCUGAGAGUAACGCGCUCGUCAAAGUACCCGCGAAAUCUUCAGAAAAUGUGAAGCCUGCUGAACCUUUUGCUUCACCACCGGCGCCUGUGGAAACUACUGCUCCUCCACCACCGCCGCCACCGCCUACAACUGCUCCAGCUCCUCUGACAGUCUCCCCUCCUCCUCCACCUCCUCCUCCUCCGCCUCCACCGCCGCCUCCACCAAGCGCCUCAUUGCCCGUAAGUCCAACUUCGCAAUCCGACGGUCGGGCGGAUCUAAUGGCAGCGAUUCGAGCUGCCGGUGGAAUUUCAAGACUUAAAAGUGUUGAUUCAAAAGAGGUGUCGGCGAGUCGAAAAAAGAGAUAUGACGGGAUUCUGGAGUCGUCGGCGUUGUCGCCAAAUUCCGGAGAUUCUGGCGGUGAUCUAAUGUCGGCUCUAUCGAAAGCCUUGGAUGCAAGACGGAAGGCGAUCAGUGGUACGAAAGAUUCGACGCCAAAGAGUAAGCACGAGAAUGAUGAUGAUGAUUGGGAUUAG